CUCAGUGAGUGCAUGACAUUUAUCCAAAGAGAAGACAACUGAGAAAACCCUUCUUCAGAACUACUGAACUUGCUCUUCAUCUUCGUCUUCAUCAUCUUCAAUGGCAAUGGCAACACCUACAUUACCAACUAUCAACCUAAUGUAGCAUAAUAUCAAUACCCCUUUCUUUUUGCGUAACACUCCCAUGUCUUCCCCUUUCCUCCUCCGUUAUCCUCCUUCCUCAUCUCCCUUCCCACAAUCCCUAAACCCCAAAUUCAGAACCUUUCCCAUACGCCUCAAUUCCACUUCCAUUGUAUCAUCCCAAAUUCAAACACCAGAACCCGAAAAUGACGACAACAAAGAUAAAACUCGCAACAAAAACCUCAGUUUCCUCAAGCUUACAGUGACCCUUACUGUUAUCUCUGCUUCCCUGCCACAAGCCACCACCCUUGCUGCUGAAUCCGCCGUGAAGGGAAAGAAAAGGGCACCCAAAAAGGCCGAAGCUUUGACGCUGGAGGAGCUGAAGUCAUGGGCUCAGGGUCUUCCAGUGGUCUCUGAUCGUCUUCCCUACAGCGAAAUUAUUGAACUAAAGAAGGCUGAGAAGCUCAGACACAUAAUUAAGCCCGGUUCUAUAAACUUGAGGCAAAAGGCCGAACCAGUUCUGGUGGUUCUAGAAGACUCUAGAGUGUUCAGGACGGUUUUGCCAUCGUUUGAGACUCAUAGGAAGUUUUGGGAAUCAUGGGAUGAAUUAAAAAUUGGUUCUUUGUGUAUGAAUACAUACACACCACCCCUUAAGAGGCCUAACUUGCCCCUUCCUAUAUGGGCAAGGGGUCCGGUGCUACCUGCUAUUGAAAAGUUUAUGCUUAAGCUUGCUGAGAAGAAACCGAAGAUAGAAUCCAAGAAGGCGAAAGAGUAUAGGGAGAUGAGGAUGGAACUUAAGAGGCAGAGGGAAGAGGAGCUGAAAGCUAUGAGGGAAGAGAGGAAGGAGUUGGAGAGGGCCAAGAAGGCGCAGAGGAAGGCCGAGGAGAGGCGGCGAAAGAAGGAGAUAAGGAAGAGGAAGUAUCAGGAGUCAUUGAUUCGGGCAAGGGAUAAUUAUGUGAGGAUGGCUGAUCUUUGGUAUGAUUUGGCAAAUAAUCCUAAUGUUGUCAAUGCACUUGGCUUGGUUUUCUUCUACAUUUUCUAUAGGAUUGUGGUGCUUAAUUAUAGGAAGCAAAAGAAGGAUUAUGAGGAUAGGCUUAAGAUUGAGAGAGCUGAGGCUGAGGAGAGAAGGAAGAUGAGGGAGUUGGAGAAGGAGAUGGAGGGUGUUGAACGUGAUGAUGAUGAUGAUGAGAGUGAGCAUGAGAAAGGGGAGGAGCAGAAUGAUUAUUUGAAGAUGGCAAAGCAGUUUAUGAAGUCGGGGGCACGCAUUCGGAGAGCUAAGAACAAGAGUCUUCCUCAGUAUUUAGAGAGAGGUGUAGAUGUGAAGUUUAGUGAUGUUGCAGGGCUGGGUAAGAUACGUCUUGAAUUGGAGGAGAUUGUCAAGUUCUUUACUCACGGGGAAAUGUACCGAAGGAGAGGAGUGAAAAUACCAGGUGGUAUACUUCUUUGUGGCCCUCCUGGGGUGGGAAAGACAUUGCUGGCAAAAGCAGUGGCUGGUGAGGCAGGGGUUAAUUUCUUCUCUAUUUCCGCUUCACAAUUUGUGGAGAUAUACGUUGGUGUAGGGGCAUCUCGUGUGCGAGCACUGUACACGGAAGCCAGGGAAAAUGCUCCAUCUGUUGUCUUCAUUGAUGAGCUGGAUGCUGUGGGAAGGGAGCGUGGCUUGAUUAAGGGUUCAGGUGGACAGGAACGUGAUGCUACUCUCAAUCAGCUCUUGGUGUGCUUAGAUGGAUUUGAAGGAAGAGGAGAGGUGAUCACUAUUGCAUCCACCAAUCGACCAGACAUUCUGGAUCCUGCACUUGUGAGACCUGGUCGGUUUGAUCGAAAAAUAUUUAUUCCCAAGCCUGGCCUCAUUGGUCGCAUAGAAAUUCUAAAGGUCCAUGCUCGUAAAAAGCCAAUGGCAGAAGAUGUGGACUAUUUUGCUGUUGCUAGUAUGACUGAUGGCAUGGUUGGUGCAGAGCUAGCUAACAUAGUUGAGGUUGCUGCCAUCAACAUGAUGCGUGAUUCAAGGACUGAGAUUACUACUGAUGACUUGUUACAAGCUGCACAAAUGGAAGAAAGAGGAAUGCUGGAUAAAAAGGAGAGAAGCAUGGAGACUUGGAAGCAAGUAGCUAUUAAUGAGGCUGCAAUGGCUGUCGUAGCUGUGAACUUUCCUGAUCUUAAAAAUAUCGAGUUUGUCACAAUUGCUCCCAGAGCUGGUAGGGAAUUGGGUUAUGUGCGGGUGAAGAUGGAUCCUAUCAAAUUUAACGAAGGAAUGCUCACUCGACAAUCUGUCCUGGAUCAUAUUACCGUUCAACUAGCUCCCCGUGCAGCCGAUGAAAUUUGGUUUGGGAGUGGUCAAUUGAGUACGAUAUGGGCCGAAACUGCAGACAAUGCGAGGUCUGCAGCAAGGAUAUUUGUUCUUGGUGGGCUUUCAGAGAAGCACCAUGGAAUUACCAAUUUCUGGGUGGCAGACCGGAUAAACGACAUUGACUUGGAAGCAAUGCGGAUUGUGAACUUGUGUUAUGAACGCGCAAAAGAGAUCCUACAUGAAAAUAAAGUGCUGAUGGAUGCAGUGGUGAAUGAACUUGUUGAGAAGAAAAACAUAACAAAACAAGACUUCUUUCAUCUGGUGGACUUGCAUGGCUCCAUAAAACCAAUGCCUCCCAGCAUUCUUGACCUUAGAGCUGCCAAGCAAGAAUUCCAACAACUUCGUAAUGAUGAAAACCAGACAGUUUUGGAGAGCAACUCUUAAGAAAUGGCACAACCAAUUUUUAGACUAGUUUACUUUAUUGUCAUAUUUAUUGUACCUUAUAUAAAAAAAAUUAUUUUAUAAAAAAUAUUGUAAAAAUUAAAUUUCUAAUAUAUUAAAUACAUAAAAAAAUAUUAAAAUUUUUUA